AUGUAUCAGGGCAGCCAAAGACAUGUUCCGAAUAACGACCCGAAUCGCCCCUUUCAGGUGCCUCCGCCGCCGCCGAUCUCGUCGCCUCCCAUGGCCGGACCGCAAAUGGGCAGCAUCAUGAACGUUCCUCCGCCACCACCGCGAUACCCUCCAGCGCCACCAGGAACUGCACCCAGCGUCAUGAUACCCCCGCCGCCAGGUCCGCCGCCAGGUGGCUCUCUUGCUCAGCAGCAGCAGCCGGCAUGGCACGGCAACUACGGUCGGAUGUACGAUGGCCGCGGCGGCUUCAAUCUGCCGCCGCCGCCGCCGCCGACGCCGGGCCAGCACCAACCUUAUAACCCAAAGAUACACGCUCAGAUGGCUGCCCGGCAACAUGUCAUGGCAAUGCCUCCACCCCCGCCCCCGAGCGAUGCGAUGAGCGCGACAUAUAUACCCAGUGCCAACUCGUAUGGUGAAGGAGUCGGUAUCCCAGGCUUCGGCGGCGAGGAACACUUGCCGUCAGACUCGUCCCAAGGACUGACACUGUCGGACACUGGCACCUCGACAGCGCUCGAUGAUCCGAGGGGGCAGCAAUAUCUUCUAUCCGCAGCGGGACAAGCCAGAGGUCUCGCCAGUGGAUCUGGCAUGGCAGGUGCAGGACUCAUUUCCAAAGAAAUGGCCGAGCAGUGGCCAUUGGAGACUGUCCUCAUCUGGUUGGCGCAAAACAUGUUUUCUAGAGAAUGGCAGGAGACAUUUCGAACUCUGCAUCUGUGCGGACAGCAGUUUCUCGAACUUGGCAACCCACACGGGCUUCGCGGAAAUCACAGCAUGAUGCAUCAACAGGUUUAUCCCCAGCUUGCACGAGAGUGCACCCAGAAUGGUGUGCCAUGGAAUCAGCCAGGCGAGCGCGAGGAAGGAAAGCGUAUGCGACGCUUGAUUCGAAGCAUCGUGACUGGCAAGCCCGUGGAGCCGUCCAAAUCUCAUGGCCGACAAGACUCAACCAACAGUGGGCAGAGCGCUACCAUCCCAAGCGCGGGUACCGACCCGUCUGAUUCCCCAAACACGCCUCUCAAUCCCCCGGGACCGGGCUUCGCGGCUAGACGAUUUUCCCAAACAAGAGCAACCACAAUGCCUACCUUGAACACUGGAACAAUGUCCAGCUCCGAGAGCGGCCACCGCCUUGGACUCAAGAUGUCUGAAACCGACACAGGGCGGCCUGGAACUUCGGUUAUGAAGACGACGAUAAGCGAAGGGGCACUCUAUCGUGGUACAGCGCAACGCUCCGACAGUCCAACUGCAAGUGGAAGUCCUGUUCCACAACAGAAACUGUUUACAUCUGCCGUGACCGCGUCUCCCAACUCUGCCAAAUUCGGCCACCGCUCAAGGCAUAGCACAGAUUCCGUCUCUUCCAAUGCUGCUAUUUACGGAUCUGGUAUCCCUGCUGAUGCAGCAAACAUGUUUAGUCGAGGAAUGAAUAUUGGCGACAUUGUCGGCGGCCGUACUGUCGAGGGUCGCGCCAGCCACUCCCCCCAUGAAUCCGGAGAUCGUUCUGCAGGUACGGAGCCUGGGUCGGCGAAAGAUUCCAAGAGCUUUCUCAGCUUUAUGCAUCGCAAAAAGAAGCAGCGUGAUGAGAGCGCCAACCCGUCCCCAGACGAAGGCGAAUACCCACACUCGCCCAAUGGUGCUGCCAAGGCCACAGUAUUAGGCAUUCGCGACACACAUGUCAGCGAUAUGAAUCUCGAUCACGGCAGCCCAACAAAAUCCGUUCGAGUAUUCGUGCUGGCGACAUUUGACUCGUGGAACUUUCGAAUGUGCGAUAUUACUCGGGCCGAGUCUGCGUCAGACAUCAAGCGAGCGAUCUGUGUGAGCCUGGGAAUCAACGACUCUGGCAAUGCCCGGCUAUUUGCAACGGAUCUUGGACAGUUUGAACACAAAGAUGAGCUGGGGGAUGAGCAAAUUGUUACAUACAAAACGCAGCCAAAACAGCCCACGACGUUGAAAUUUUUUGUUGAUCUCAACGGCAGUAACACUGAUCGCCCAGAAACCGAGACUGGUCUGUUGACACCAAAUCACUUGCCGCCUGGCAUGGACGAGGAGGCAUAUGCGAAACUGAACGGGUCUCGUCAACGAUCCAUCUCCUCGCCACCGACAUCGAGAUCCAAUACCAUGUCCGAAAACAGAAUGGACGACAAGACUCUUGCACAAGAGGCCAGCGAGUACCGGGCAGAAAUGGAGCGCAAACAGCGCGAAUAUCUGGAGAAGCGCAAGCAAGCCAACAAGAAAGGCAGCACCCCCAAUACCCCGGAAUUGGGAAAUGGGUUCGGCAUUAUCGGACGAAAUGUCGACUUUGACCAGCCCCGCGACUCCCCCUUUGAGGACAGAAAACCAUCUGAGCACCUCUUCCCGCAGAGGAAACCACCGGCACCACCGAGCGAUCCUUCAGCCACACUGCUCAAGGCCAAUUCUCUUAAGAAGCCAGGACACGGCAAGCGUAGUUCCGCUGCAGGCUCGGACGGAUUCCCUAGCCCCAGGCGCCUGGUUACCUCUACCAGCGACGGUCCGGAUGGAUUCAAAAGCCGCCAAGCUAUCGGACAAUCAGUGGAUGGAUCCGAAGGGAUCGGUAUCGCUCUGGCAGGGAUCGGCCGCCGCAUGGGUGCUGUCGGGCAGUCGAGCGCAAAUGCUCCACGUUCGGUCUCUAGCAUGGCAAACUUGCAGUCUGGUAGCUCCGGUGGUGGUCUUCAACGCUCAGGUAAGAAGGGAUCGCCAAGUGGUCAAAUCAAGGAAUUUGGGCCAGAGGUAGCUCAGGUCACUGGCGACUCACGUAAAGUGACGUGGAGUUCUGGCGACAUGUCAUUCGCCGUGCCUGACUACUCGCCCGGCGGAUUCCUCGUCACAAUCCCAAAGUCCAUCCCAGCUGAUGAUAAACCACACGGUGUAGGGAUGCAACCGCUUUCGUCUUCGGAACUGAGUCCAAGCACUCAGAUGCCGAAGCGGUUUGACUUUGACACUACACCUGACAACUUUCAACGCAGCAACGAGUCGCGCAAAAGCUUAGAAGUCAGCUUUGCGACGCCAGCGGCAACCAAGCGCCCGACCCCUGCCAACAAUGACAGCGACGACUCGGAUGACGGUCUGUUCCAGAUCCCCCUAGCCGGGCGCAGCAAAGGAAAGGGUAAAGGUAAAGCCGGGACUAGCAGCAAGCGACCGAGCAUUAUUGUCAACACGCAACGGCCUAAGAGCAAAGUUAUGUCUGUGUCAUUUCAGUCUCCUCAAGCAAGCACAGUUACAGAAAUUGUGGACGAUGGCAGAAGUAGCACGACGUCACGACGCACGCCUUCAACGCCUGGGUCGAGCAAUUUUGAUGCCGACGAUAAAGUAUCUAGACGAAAGUCAUUUAUUGAAAAGGAUGUAUGGGCCAACCGCCCUCCUACAGAUGCGCUUCUGAACAACCUGGACGACUUUUUCCCGAACCUGGAUCUCGACGAGCCCGUGCUAGAAGAUAGCGCGGGCAACAUAUUGACUGCUUCUCCCACAGUCAACGAGGCCGAGGCAGGAGGGCAUCAGCGCAACUCGUCUGGUACCUUGGCGCCUGAGGAGGCACCAAGUAUUCCAGCAGCAAUCCCUCCUUCGAGACAGCCAUCGCUAUACGGAGAAGCAGACACGCUCGGAUCGGAUGAAUCGACAUUGAAGGCGUCUGACCGACCAGUGUCUUCGCACGGCGGAGGGUCGAGAAGCCUCAAGCGGUCGGGGGGGCUGGGCAGGAUGAAGUCUAUCAGAGAAGUGGCGCGAGGUGCACACGAGGCUAACAAGCGGUUCACCUCGAUGUCACAAAGCGGGGAGAAGAACAACUCCAACUUGAUGCGACGAAAGAGUACCAAGAUGUUCAACGCCAACAUUGUGCAAAUUCGACCAGAUCAGCGCGGUAGCAUGGCAAUGCCAAAUCAGAAUCAAGAAACGGGAUUGAAGCGACAGACGACGUUUCGGUGGUUCAAGGGUCAACUGAUUGGCAAGGGUACCUAUGGGCGGGUGUACCUGGGUAUGAAUGCGACGACGGGAGAGUUUUUGGCGGUCAAGGAAGUGGAAGUGAAUGCAAAGGCGGCAGGGGGGGACAAGAACAAGAUGCGGGAGAUGGUGGCGGCGCUAGAUCAAGAGAUUGACACGAUGCAGCACCUGGAUCACAUCAACAUCGUGCAGUACUUGGGAUGCGAGCGCAAGGAGACUAGCAUUAGCAUCUUUCUUGAGUACAUUUCGGGUGGCAGCAUCGGGUCGUGUCUGCGAAAGCAUGGACGAUUCGAGGAGUCUGUGGUGUCGUCUCUGACGCGACAGACGUUGUCGGGGCUGGCGUAUCUGCAUCGUGAGGGCAUUCUUCACCGGGAUCUCAAGGCAGACAAUAUCCUGCUAGACCUGGAUGGCACGUGCAAGAUUAGCGACUUUGGCAUCUCCAAGAAGACGGACAAUAUUUACGGCAACGACAAGACCAAUAACAUGCAAGGGUCGGUGUUUUGGAUGGCGCCCGAGGUGAUUCGGUCGCAGGGCGAAGGGUACAGUGCCAAGGUGGACAUUUGGAGUCUUGGGUGUGUGGUGCUGGAGAUGUUUACGGGUCGUCGACCGUGGAGUAAGGAAGAGGCGGUGGGUGCGAUUUACAAGAUUGCCAACGGAGAGACGCCGCCGAUGCCGGAGGACCUGGAUUUGAUGAUUCCUCCUCUGGCCGUGGCGUUUAUGGCGGAUUGCUUCCAAGUGAAUCCUGGGGAGCGACCGACGGCCGAGGUGCUCUUGUCGCAGCAUCCAUUUUGCGAGUGGGAUCCGAAUUACAACUUUUAUGACACGGAGGUAUAUUUCAGGAUCAAAGACUCGUAUAAGUCAUAG